AUUUCUCUUAACAUUACCUGUGAUUUCAAAAAACAAAGAGAAACCCAUUUCAAAUUUCUCAAAUUUAAGCAUAAAAAUCAAAGCUUUAAGGCAUUUUCUUCAAUGGAAGCAAUGAAAUCUCAAGCUUUGAUGAUGAUGAUAAUGGUGGUCGUUUUAAUGGCUUUUUCAUCAUCCUCCAUUGUUGCAGCUCAAGAAGCUCCAGCUCCAAGCCCUGCCUCUGAUGCUCCAAUUUCUCUUCCAACUUUAAUGGCUUCUCUUGCUCCUCUUGUUCUUGGAUUCUUCCUCUAAAUUCUUCAUUUUUUUAAAAAAUUUUACUCACCAUUUAUAUAGUAAUUUCCAAUGGAUAUAUAAAUAUGUGUGUGUUUUUUAAACAACCCAUGUUCUUCAUUCUUUUUUUCUCUAGAAAUUAUGUAAUGUCUAUGAAGGAAGGAAAUGGAGAGAUGGGUUGGUGUUUUUUUUAUUUUUUCUUUUUCAAUUAGGGGUUAUUAAUUGUGAGGUUAUAAUGAUUGAAUUUGUUUGGGUGUGAUUUGGGAUUAUUAAUUUGAUGUAUAUUUUUCAUAUUUAA